CUGCAACUUGCAGUCCCACGCGUUUUUCUACGAGAAGUCACUUUUAAGUUUUAAAGUCAAACCUAAUGGCGUGGUUUUCACGCUAGGAUUCCUAAAAUCGCAUUCUGCAUCAGACGUUUCAUGCAACCUAACCCAGCACUUUCAACUUCUCUCCUCCUCUCUCCCCAUUUAAAAUAUGCUAGCCGACGCUUCUCCCAAAAUCGCUGUUAAUUCAUUCACUCCAGAACGAGAGUAAGAGAAAAAGUGUGAGAUUUGAUAAGAAUGUCCGGUGGAAUUGCGCGCGGGCGGCUCACGGAAGAACGCAAGGCUUGGAGGAAGAAUCAUCCUCAUGGUUUUGUGGCUAAACCAGAGUCGCUGCCUGAUGGUACUGUGAAUUUGAUGGUGUGGCACUGCACUAUCCCUGGUAAGGCUGGGACUGAUUGGGAGGGUGGUUAUUACCCGCUCACGAUGCACUUUAGUGAAGACUACCCUAGCAAACCGCCCAAGUGCAAAUUUCCUCAAGGUUUUUUUCAUCCUAAUGUGUACCCAUCUGGGACUGUUUGUUUGUCAAUCCUCAAUGAAGACAGUGGGUGGCGCCCGGCUAUAACAGUGAAGCAAAUUCUGGUGGGAAUACAGGAUUUGUUGGACCAGCCGAAUCCUGCUGACCCAGCACAAACAGAGGGGUACCAUCUCUUUAUACAGGAUCCCGUUGAAUACAAGAAGAGGGUUCGAAGCCAGGCAAAGCAGUACCCACCUCUUGUCUGAGAAAAAAAAAAAAAACAAAUUGCCUUUUCUUCUGAUUAUUGUUUAGAUAAAAAGUGUUCCAUCUGAGAAUAUACUCGUGCGUACCUCAGUGAAUUGCAACGCAAUGAUUGCUUGCUCGUGUGUGUUUAUCGUGAUAUGGCUGAACUUGUAGAUUGAAUUAUGAUUCCAACAGUCUGGUUGAUAGUUUAGAAGUUAUUGUGUAGCAGUUCUAACUGAGUUUUAUGCUUCACUGUGAAGUUGUAAAAUUGACAGCUGAUGCCAACUUUUUCCAGUUGAUAUCAAUUUGCAUCUGCUUCAUCUUAGUUAAAGAUUUAGGAAUCUAUUUGUGGACACGAAAACUAAUGUGUUAAUAUUAUCUAUCUAUUAUGCUUUUUAUGGCUGCACUCUUGAUUUAGGAAUCUAUUUGCGGAUUUGUUUACAAAGAGAUCUGUAAUUCGCCAAAAAUUCCAUCCCAUGCAAAGAGCUGAUGCAAUUACUUCAAAGAGCUAAUGCAAUUACUUCAAAGUUUUCUACAAGUCUCCUUUAAUUUUGUGUGAGUUGUGUGUGUGUGUGUAUGUUUUUUUUUUUUUUUUCU